AGGAAAGACACUUUUAAUAUAUAGAGCUCGCUGAAUUUUCAUUCGUUGGCAUGGUUGGAUUAUAGGUCAUUCGCAGGGGACCAACGUCGUCUGGCUAAUCAAUCUGUCUUUGUUGUAUCGGGUCUCUCGGUUAGGUGUCUCGCUGGGAAUAUCCAUCUUGAGAAGGUAGUCAGAGUACAGGUCAAAGGACGCCUUCUCGUCACAUCCGAGUGUGACCUCCCACGAGCAGGUGGCCAUGCUCGGGCCCUGCCAGUUGUUCCCGAGUGACAUGUCAGACAGACCACCGUGGCCCAGUAAGGUACAGCCGGCGGGAUUUGGGGAACAGAACUGCUGCCCAACCGGUGAAGCAUUCAAGUUGGGAGGUGAAUGAAGCUGUGCAGUCAUAUGGGAAGGUCACAGAAUGACGACUAGAUGGAGAAGCUGAUGCAGCUCAAUCGAUAUGUGAAGCGCAGGCCAACUUUGUGAACAAUCAAAGUCGAAUCAUGAUGCCACCGGAAAGAUAAAAAUCUGUUACAAUCUUGAAGUGGCAGGCUCUGGAAAGAUAAGGUAGUAGGCGAGGGCACAGGUCUUCCCGGGGGGCAAAAGUGCUCCAUUUUCAUGCCUGGAGGUGAACCCUGGUUGAGCGGUUGAGGCCGAGGGGGCCUGGAAUCAGCCUAGAGCACGUAUAGCGUCACCCUGAUAAUGCAAUCAUAGUGCGCAUGGCCGCCCAAAGGGCACCUGGGCAGCCCGACCGGUCACUGGCAAGCCUAAAUUCAGCCAGGCCAAGCCUGAACGAGACCCUGCGGCCCCAACUGCAGGAUCUGGAUGGCACAACGUACAGUGCCGUGAAUGAACAACUGCGACUGACGGUGAAGAAAAGGCGAAAGCGGCACUAAGACGCGCCUUUCUGCUGUCACUGACGCUCCCUUACCACUAACGCCCUCCUGCUCCCUUUUCUCCUCUAAAACAACCGGCGGCCCCAAGCACCUGAACCAGCUUCACCCUGCGCCAUCCGCCGUCCGCUUCCUCUCCUUCCUGCACCUUGCAUCCUAAUCUCCUCCUCUUACGGUUCUUUUCAUCCCUCGCCCUCCCCUCUUCCUUUGCCAUCUCAAUCAGUAUCCGAUCUUCAAGCUGUCGACGAGACCAGCUUGACGGCGUGUGAGUGCAUCGACUCACCUGUCAUCAGCCACUGCAUCGGCUUUGACCGUCACUCUGAUCCUAGGUCCGGUUAGUCACCUGCCCAUCUGCCUAAGGGUACUUUGCUGUACACUGGUCCCCUACUGAUCUCCAAGCCCACAUCCCUCCACUGUAGUGGUCCUCACCUCACCGUCUGGCCUACUCCCUCACACCUUCGCAUUCCUUGCACUCCCGCAUUCCAUCAUUUUCGUCUGCUCGUUUCCAUCUCAAAGGAUCCUGACGUGAACCAAUCGUGGCAGCUUCGGUUGCUCACAGCUUCGUUUGUGUCUCAUGCUGAGAUCGAGAUAAUUUCCUCCCUUCUCGCACACCCGCUCCACGACAAUAUCCGCACUUGAACGACACCUUGCCACUCCGUUUCCGCGUUAUCACAGCCUCGUUGCUGUCAACCCUCCGUCAAAAUGACGACCAUGGAUCUGCGUGUCGGCAAUAAGUACCGUAUCGGACGAAAGAUUGGAAGUGGUAGUUUUGGUGAUAUUUAUUUGGGCACAAACAUCAUCUCGGGAGAAGAGAUCGCCAUCAAGCUCGAGUCGGUCAAGGCCAAGCAUCCUCAACUUGAGUACGAAGCUCGCGUCUACAAGUCUCUGGCCGGCGGUGUUGGGAUUCCUUUCGUCCGCUGGUUCGGCACAGAAUGUGACUACAACGCCAUGGUCCUUGAUCUCCUCGGUCCCAGCUUGGAAGAUCUGUUCAACUUCUGCAACCGAAAGUUCUCCCUCAAGACGGUUCUCCUCCUGGCCGACCAACUUAUCUCCCGAAUCGAGUACAUCCACGCCAAGUCCUUCAUCCACCGUGACAUCAAGCCCGACAACUUCCUCAUGGGUAUUGGCAAGCGAGGCAACCAGGUCAACGUUAUUGAUUUCGGUCUGGCCAAGAAGUAUCGCGACCCCAAGACUCAUUUCCACAUUCCGUACCGUGAGAACAAGAACUUGACCGGCACGGCUCGAUAUGCCUCGAUCAACACCCACUUGGGCGUGGAGCAAUCUCGUCGUGACGACAUGGAAUCGUUGGGCUACGUGAUGCUCUACUUCUGCCGCGGCUCGCUCCCAUGGCAAGGCCUUAAGGCUGCCACCAAGAAACAAAAGUACGACCGCAUCAUGGAGAAGAAGAUGACCACUCCUACCGAGGUACUCUGCCGUGGUUUCCCAAACGAGUUCGCCAUCUACCUCAAUUACACUCGAUCCCUCCGCUUCGACGACAAGCCCGACUACUCGUACUUGAGGAAGAUCUUCCGAGACCUCUUCGUCCGCGAAUCGUUCCAGUAUGACUACGUCUUCGACUGGACUGUCUACAAAUACCAGAAGAACGCUCAGGCAAUCGCCCAAGCCGCAGGCCACCAGCAGAACCAGGAGGAAGAAGAGAAGCCACGACGUGCACACAACGGUACCGCAGCCGCUACUGGCGCCCCAACUCCUCAGCACAACUCGACCGCUGGCAAACCAGCCGCCAUUUCCAGCUCCCGACGCAAGGUCAUCGAACGCGGCGCGAGCGGCAACGACCAGGGAGGAAGUGACAGGAUGUGAGUACUGAAACCUUUGGUUCCGUGCUUCGUUCCACUACGAGGGUAACCACUGGCAAUGGCGACUACCGCUGAACAGAGUGACGACUUGGUGUCCUCGGCACUGAAUCUCAUUACCUUCCAACCUUUGUGUAGACCUGUCCUUGGUCUUUCACACCAACUCAAAUGGGUAUGUCGGAUCCGGCGCGGGGUUUGCUCUAGCACAUGGCAAAUCCGGACGGAAUAUUACGUGAAAACGCAAAACUUAUGUGAGCGGGUACACUGCUUCAAAUCGUAUCCUGCAAUAUCCUACGAUUACCCAACGAUUUCUGGGAUUCAGGCGACUCUUUAUCGGAGCACCGAACGUUUUGCAUGCGACCUCAGACAUCCACGAAGUUUAGCGACGUACGGCUGUACAGCAUCAUCAUCAUCAUUGCUGGCCCAUGACUGCGGGAAACGACCCGACCAUCGGUCGACUGGGUUACUCCGCUCUUGACCACGAUGGUCCAUCCAGAUCAUCCUGGCAUUCAUUGUUGAAUCACACCCCGACCUUCCCCCGUCAAUCUCAGCACGUUUUCAUUGUCUUUAGAAUGGUUUCUAUGCAUACGCGAAUUAUCAGAGUACUGGUUCAUCAGGAAACAAGCACGGGCUGGAUGAUGAAUAGCUCGCCCCCAGGUCAAGAAGCCGAGGAUGGAUAUGGUGUUUCCACCUCUAGCGGGCCCGUGUGCACCAUCCAGAGUUCAAGUUCAGGGACGUUGGCGGAGGAUCUGUCAGGGGCCGCGUCCGGGGAGGUUUAUGGCCAGUAUCUCAGCUUGAAGACGGCAUAAUUACCGAGCGACAGACAGAACAGGUCUGUUGAAAGAACUCGACUAGCUAGUCCAAGAAUAAUAUCAAUGUGCUCAAAACUG